ACGGGCUGCGCCUUGCGGUGGGUCUGACGCUGUCACAUCCCAACGAAGCCGUUUUGCACGAACGAACCAAUCCGAGUCGCGAUAUCAGAUCCCUGGCUAGAGAGACCCUGGUAUCGCACGCCUCAACACUGCCCCUGAGCUGGCAUUCUCGCUUCCCAUCGGCGUUAUUUGACUCAGCAAUGCUAGCCUUACGGUCCACGACUAAUGAGCGUCUCGCUUGGUUAUUGCCGUUGUUUGGCGUUGGACCAGAUCCCAAGGCUUGUCUCAUCUUAGCUUCCUCCUCUUUUUCCACUUUCUCCUCUUUUUUUUCCACGCCAUCAGCUUUCUCCUCUUCCUCCCGCUUCUCUUCUUCUUUCGCCCCCUCCCUCUGCCUUUGCCCCUCCUCUUCCUUCGCCCCUCCUCUUCCUUCAGUCCGAAUACUAGCCAUGCCUUCUUUUUUAGCAAAAAAACUGAUCAGUCCCUGAACAAUGGCAUCCCUGGGCUCCAUGGUCGGUCACAUUUACCAGGCGUUCAGUCCAUCCCAGCUCCCACCGAAGAAGGGCGAUGCCCUCAAAUUUAGCAUCCUGGGGGCUGCGAACAUUGUACCAAUGGCUCUGAUCACGCCCGCCAGAUCGCACCCCGAAGUUAUCAUUCAGGCAGUGUCGGCUCACGAUAAGAAGAAAGCUUCAGGAGUGUGCCCCUUCUCUCUCUCUCCUCUCUCUAUCUCCAGACUAACAAUCCAAGAUAUUCUCAACAACCCCAGCAUAGACUGCGUGUUCCUCCCGCCCCCGAACUCGCUCCAUUAUGAAUGGGCCGACCGCGCCGUUCGCGGCGGCAAACGCGUGCUGCCUUCCACAGCUGCCGGCAUGAUCUUUAUUCCGCUCCCUCAUCGGCCACAACCAGGUGGAGCACGUCCACGCCUUCUCCAUGAUCCCCUGCUGACCUGGUGGGGCACCAGCAAAGACGACAUCCACUUCAGCUACCCGCUAUCCGGCGGCAGCAUCAUGGCGAUGGGCACGAGUGUCUCAGCUGCGAUGUGCAUUCUUACACGUAUCGGCGAGGCGUCCACCACGCUGAAGGACCACACCCAAUGGACACCGUCGUACGUCACCGUCACCCAGAAGGAGGUUGUUGUCCCUGACACGGCCCUCCCAGCAUCGCAGAUAAAACUGCUGAAGCGCAAGCUGGCCCUCCAUGGCUUCAUGCACGGUAUCUUCUGGCUCCGCAUUGACAUCCAUGACGAGUACCAUAUCCGCGACCAUGAGUCCGGCAAGCGCAAGGCUUAUAUCUUUAAGGGAGCUGGCAACGAGUUUGCUGAUCUUCCUAAUGAGCUGUUCUGGAUGUUGUAUUGCCGCGAGACUCAACACUGGAUCAGUGAAAAGGACUUGAUCGCGCAAAUGAAGAUGAUUAAUAUGGCCUAUGAAAAAAGUGCUCUUGGCCCUCGGCCUACUAGUUCGUUCCAUGGAAAGUAA